GACAACUUAUUCCUGCCACUUAGAGAUCCCCGCGCGCGAAGACGCAAUGUUCCAAGUGCUGGUGGAAGGUUUGGGGCGGAUGUAUCCCAGCAUCGAGGGGGCCAACCUCAGCAUCCGACAUGAGCUGCUGGGGCCGGAGGAAGCUCAUCAUGAUGCAGCCUGGUUUCUGGAUUCGGCUCGUUCCAAGCGUCGCGCCUGGAUUUUUGUUGCGUGUCCACAGAGCUGUGCGGUCUGCUUGGGCUGGAAGUUUCAGGGAGAAGAAAUCCCAAAGGAAACCGAAGACUGGCGUGAAAUGGGCCCCUGGUUGAUCUCCAGUCACAUCGGUCAAGGGAAACAAGGUGCCGUGGUUUGCACUGGCCGUUGGCCUUCAGCUGGCAAGGGUGGGGUGGCAGCUGUGAAGUACCCCGUGGAAGCCGAAGAAUUGGAGCUCUACGCUCGGGUGCACGACAUCCCUGGGCUUCCUGAUCUGCUGGAUUUCGGGCGGCUUCCAGGGCCACGAACUGAGAAGGGUGAGUUCUACAUGGCCAUGUCUAAAAUCGAGCCCUGUCUGGACAUCUUGCUCCGCGGUCAGCUUCACAUCCACGACACCUCCCCCCAGACCUUGGGUCGGAUCUCCUGGCCCGUCGUGGCUGGGAUGGGGCUGCGACUGCUGCGCACCUUGCAAGCCAUCCACAAGCGAGGCAUCCUGCACUGUGACCUGAAACCUGGGAACAUCCUGUUGCACCGGCGCGCGCCGCACGUGCAGCUCAUCGACCUGGGCCGCGCGGGAUAUCUGGGACGCACCGCAUUCAAAGCCGGGGAGGGGGGGAUGAGGGACUAUAUGUCCAUCAAGGCUGGCCUGGAGGGUGGUCAACGCACCAGCGCUGAUGACGUGGAGUCCCUGGGCUGGUUCUUGCUGCGGCUCCUGCUGGGGAGGUUCCCAUGGAGUGCCAAGGUGAAGCCACAUCCGGGUGAAACGUGGCUGGAAGGAGGGGUGCGGGUGGCUCGGGACAAGCUGCGCUUCCUUGAAGAGGGUGGCGUGAAACGCUUCGCCCCUGAGCCGCUUGGAGGGCAUGACCGAGUAACGGGUGGGUUGGACCUGAAAAUGGGACCGAGCAUACCCCCCAAACAUAGGGAAAUGCUACGAAACCAUGGAGGUUUCGGGGAAAAGCCAUGA